GGCUCUUUCCAUUGUUGGUGAUGAGGGUUCUCAACAUGGUCAGUAAGAAGGAAGGAGCAAUGGCGGAGAGGUCUUGCUAUUUAUCUUCUGCAUGUUCCAUUCCUCUUCCUGUUCUCCUUUUCUCUUUAGCUCGAAUUAAGUUAUUCUUAUUUUAUGUCCGGGUCUUGCUUUUGGGUAAGCUAAAUUAUCACCUUUCACAUUCCAAACAAUUACUGACUGAUCCCAAUCACAGCUCUUCAAAUUGCACCCGAGAAACCCAGUUCAAAUACCAAGCCUCUUCCUCUCAAUCAUUCGACCCCAGACAGCCAUUCUUGAACAACAAUUCACAUCUCGAACUCGACCUCUCCAUCUUCACUGCCUCUACAAUGCUCCGACAAAUCACUCCUUUUCAGCAAGCGUGUCUCGACGCCUACACUGCCGCCUGUGCUUUAGUGCCUCGUAACCUCCGCCGGACAGUUAUUCUGUUUGGUGGUGCCGCGAGCAUCGCCCAUGGUAUCCUAGAGCGAAAAGCCAAAGAUGUCGACAUCCUGGUGGGUGUUGAAGCUCUAGCGAUCCUGGACGAUGCGAUCAUCAAUAUGCGGGAGGGCUUUCACAGGGACUGCAAUGGAUCCAUCAAGUGGGACAAAUGUGACGCCAACAACAACAAACUCUUCGAAGUGACCCUACGGGGUUUUUCAUGCAGACAACGUCUGUAAAUUGUCUGCAUUUUGUCUGUAUUCCUAGUAGUAGUAAAA